UCACCAUCGCCAAUGUAUUUUAGAUACCUAUACUCCAUCCAAUAUAGAAUAUAUCACAUUCCCCAAUGUAUUUCAGAUACCUGUACACUCCAUCCAAAAACGAAUAUAACAACGACGAUCAAGACAACACUAAUGAAACAAACCAGGAUGAAAAGAACAAAGCUAAGUCACGCCAGUCCUGCCUAGCUAGCUAGCUACUACUUCAUCUUGUUCACAAAACCCUCGGCUUUUCCUCCCGGCCGCCGCUCCGCCUGUCCCCACGCUUCCCAACGCCUAGCACCACCGCCGCCACCGCUCCUAUAUAUAUAUAUGCUAACCAUCAACUAGAAGAAGGGAAUUAAAAGAAAAGAGAAAUGGCGUCAGCGUCAAUAUCAGCUUUUCUGCUAACAAAUAUUGUUACCAUUUUGUUAAUUAUGACCGCCACUACGACGACGUUUGUUUCAAGCUACAAAGACAGCAGCCCGGCAUGCCUUCCCCCGGGGGACAAGGAAGUCUUCAACUACCAAUGCAGCGUCGCGACGCUGCCCGGCGGCGUGCAGGAGGGCCUGCUGGGAUUCAUCGACGGCGACAAGCUGGUCAACCCCGACACCGACGUCUGCACCGGCGACACCGUGUCGGGGACGGCGUUCACCGUCUACGUCGGGUGCAACCGCAAGUUCCCCACCGACCCGUGCAAGGACUGCGUGAACGGCGCGCGCACCGUCAUGAGGAAGCACUGUCCCGACGCCGCGGGGGCUCAGGCCGCCGCCAGGCACUGCUGUGUUCGCUACGAGACGUACAAGUUCUGUACGUGAAAACGUGAGGGGGAUUAAUUAAUUAACCUGUCUUUGCGUACGUAUGCGUCGUCUGUCACGUUAUACCUCGGUUGAUACUCGCAUAAUAAAAUGCUAUUUUGUUUCGUUCUGUAAUCUGGGUGGUAUAUAUAUAUGGUUUUUUUAAUUAUAUAUUUUACUUGUAAUUAUAAGGGAUUCGAAUAUUACAUCUUUGGGUUGAAAACUAGUGGUAAUACCAUUAGUUCAAGUCAUUAAUAGGAAUGGUAACAAAAUCCGGAUUUACGGGUAUCCUACCUGAUCCAAUCCGAUUAAAGCAGGUAAAAUCCG